UCUUGCAUUUUGCCACACCUCACUUCGAUAUACAUUCUACAAAUCCUUAAAUCUUCUUCCUCGUUCAUUCCCUUCACCUCAUCUUUUACCAGAAGCCAUCAUGGGUGUUUUGACUUUUGAGAAGGAAAUUACAACUUCAAUCCCACAAGCCAAAAUGUUCAAGGCCUUUAUUCUUGAAUCUGACACUCUUAUCCCUAAGGUUUUGCCUCAGGUUAGUAUAGAGUUCCUUGAAGGAAAUGGCGGACCCGGAACCAUCAAGAAAACUUCCUUUGCUGAAGGUGGUGAAGUUAAGUAUAUUAAGACCAGAGUUGAAGCAACAGAUAAAGACAAUUUCACACACUGCUACAGUGUCAUUGGAGGUGAGCCAUGGAUGAAUGAACUAGAGAAGACUUCUUAUGAAAUUAAAGUAGUGGCUUCUCCUGAUGGAGGAUCUAUUAUCAAGAGCAUCAGCAAGUACUAUCCUAAGGAAGGUUGUGAGAUCAAUGAAGAAAAAGUCAAGGCUGGCGCAGAAAAAGCCUUCGGCAUGUUUAAGGCCAUUGAGGCUUAUGUUUUGGCAAAUCCAGAUGCCUGCUAAUUUAUUUAAUUUUGUAUUUUAAUUUUUCUUUGGGUGGAAGGUCAAACCACUUUUGACCUCGUAAUAAAAGUUUGAAAUUAUAAACUUGUAUUGAAUGGUUGGUUUAUAGUCUACGGACUAAUUAUGGAGCAUAAGCCCCAACGUCAUAAUAAAAAUAUCGUGAUUUUUGUUUGUUUUAA